UUUUUCACUGCAGUAUUCUGUACUUGAAUUUGUGACUUAUUGCGAGUGAAUUUCGGCUUUGAAAUCAUGUCAUGCGCGGACGGAAACGCAGUGGAACAAGCUGUUAAGCAAUACUAUGGGGAAACUUUGCGCAGUACAAAAGAUCUGAAAACUGGGUCUUGUUGUGUUCCGCCAUCUUUGAAACCAAGGAUCAAGGAAGCCAUGAAACUGAUUCACGAGGAAGUUGUCAUGAAAAAUUACGGGUGUGGUUUACCCUUUCCUGAAGCCCUUGAAGGAUGCAAUGCUCUGGACUUGGGAAGCGGAAGCGGAAGAGAUUCAUUUGUGUUGAGCAAACUCGUCGGAACUUCCGGAAAGGUUUUCGGGGUUGACAUGACUGAAAAUAUGCUGGAAAUUUCGAGAAAAUACGUAACGUACCACAUGGAAGUCUUUGGCUACCCUGAACCAAAUAUUGAAUUCAAAUUUGGAUAUCUCGAAGACUUGGCAGCUGCUGGAGUUCCAAAAAACUUCUUUGAUGCAAUUGUAUCGAACUGCGUCAUCACUCUUUGCUCUGACAAGAAGCUGGUAAUCCAACAAGCUCUGGAGGCGCUCAAAGUUGGGGGAGAAUUCGUUGUUAGCGACAUCUAUUGUAAUCGUCGGCGGGAUAAAGAGUCCGAGUUUACCGACGACGAAGCUUGGGAUGGAUAUAAAUUCGUGUCAGGUACAUUCCGAAUUUUCAAAAUCGAUCCUGAAAUGCUGAGUCAUCCCGCGAAAGUCACAUACAAUGGAUUGAUGGAAGACAACGAAGACAAAUUUGAAUUCGGAGCUGGACUGACAUUCAAGAAAGGAGAAUCCGUGCUGGUGGACAAAGAAAUUUCCUGCAUCCUGCAAACCUCCAGGUUCAAAAAGUAUUUCCAGAUCGAACCUAUCGAGUCUGGUGUUGAUCAGGAAUUUUAUAAGAUUGCCCGGAAAAAUCCUUUUGAAACUGAGCGAGCGUCUUGAUUCAUAUCAUGAAGAAACGUAAUUUUUCUUCAAGUGUUUCCAGUAUUGCGAAUAAUAAAUCUUGAAAUGUGGUACAGUAUUGUGUUAAAUUUAGGAGAAGAACUGUGUAUUACAUCAAUUAUGUGUUCUGAAAAUUCUGCGAGGUACAUUCUGUGGUCUGUAUGCAGUAUUUGAGGAUUUUUCAACUUUCUCAAAAAUGUCCCACUAAUUUUUUUUGCAUGUCAGACUUCAUGAUUACAUUUUUGCUCAAUUAAGUCAUCCAUGUAUUCCUUCUGUAUUCCUACAUAUGUACAACAUUUUUAUACUGCCUCUCAAUCAUUGCCAAAUUGUUCACUCAACUACAGUAUUACUUCUCUGGGAGCAGGCACCUUGCACUUUAUUUUGUGUUUAGUAAUUAAGUGUGUGCAUUAUUUAGAUCAGUUGUGCAUUUGUACAUCCUGUGAUGUAUUUUCUUUUCCAUAAUACUUGUAUGCAUGUGCUGCCUCAAAAUUCAACCCUAAUCUGUUGCCAGACUAAGGUCAAAUUGCAAAGCAACGUCAAAUGCAAUGGUUGUACAUUGUAUUUGACACUUUUGCCCACCUCUGUGGGUUGAAUUGUGGGGCCUAGGUCAAAUUGCAAGUUGGCCUUUAUUCCAGCACAUUUGACUGUAAAAUUACGGGAUGGUCAAAUUGUGGGAGGCUGAAUUGCAAGGUACCACCUGUAUACCUUAUUUGUCUACUAUACUUUACAUCUUGAUGUGAUGGAAUGUGUUUUGGUGGAUUUUGGUGGGGUCUGGGAACAUUAUUUGAGCCUUGUGAAUGCUGAAAAACGGAAAAUGAAGCUUGUUUAUCAAUCAAUCAAUA